GCCGACAGCUGUCUUCAGUUGGUGGACGAUCGACGUCUGUGUUUGUGUGCUACUCUUGGGGAAGAUGGCGGAGGCUGCGGCUGUUCCCCCGCAUCGGUUUUUCUGUCACUGUUGUAAAGGAGAAGUGAACCCCAAACUCCCGGAAUACAUCUGUCCAAGAUGUGAUUCAGGCUUCAUAGAGGAAGUGACAGAAGACUCCAGUCUCCUAGAGGGCGGCGCUAAUGGGCUAGAUGACACAGCCACACAGUUUGCAGAGCUUUGGCACCUCUUGCUACUGGAGCGGCCGUUUACGUUAGACCGAGACAGUCCCGACUCGGAGCACCAGCUCCCCAGACGCAUGAUGGCCUUUGACGACACGGGAGGUUUGGGAGGCGGAUCGAUCGGGGGAUCUGUCCCGACGGGUCUGGGAGGAUCCAUGGGGGGCCUCCUGGGAUCCGGGGACGCCUGGGGCCAAGGGCGCACGGCUCGUUUGAGCAGCCAGAGGAGGUACAGGUCCAGAGGCAGCAGCAGGCCAGACCGCUCUCCGGCUGUGGAGGGGAUCGUACAGCAGUUUCUAGCUGGACUCUUCGCCAACUCUGGGGUUCCCGGCUCGCCUCCUCUGUCAUGGACGGGGAUGCUGCACUCCAACCCAGGAGAUUACGCGUGGGGGCAGGGAGGGUUAGACGCCGUCAUCACGCAGUUACUAGGUCAACUGGAGAACACAGGACCUCCUCCGGCAGAGAAAGAGAAGAUUUCUUCCCUCCCGACUGUCAGUAUCACUCAGGAACAAGCAGACUGCUGUAUGGAAUGCCCGGUGUGCAAAGAGGACUUUGCAGUGGGAGAACCAGUCAGACAGCUUCCCUGUAACCACUUCUUUCACUCAGACUGUAUAGUACCAUGGCUGGAAAUGCACGACACGUGUCCAGUGUGUCGGAUGAGUUUGAACGGCGAAGACAGCAGCAGCCAGCCCUCGUCAGAGUCCCCCUCGCUCUCCACGGACCCCCGCACACAGGAGAGAUGGUCCUUUUGAGACAUCCAGCCAUCUCAUCCACGGCUUUCCGUCACCUAGAUCCAGCAAAAAAAAAAACAACAACACAAGAAACGCUUCUCAUUUCCCACAUUUUCUCUUUGUUCAUUCUCUUUUUUUGUAUAUUUAUUUUCUAUUUUUAAUGCCUUUUUCAAUAAUGUACCCUCUUAAAGACGUCUUACGUUGUUGUGGUUUGCUUUUAUUUGUCCGAUAGACCUAGAUUGACCCUCAUCUCGCCCCCGUUAUCUUCUGUUUCCGCCUUCUGGAGGGGAAACCACUCCGCACUUUUGUUUCAGUGCAUCGCUGCCGUCAGCGACCCUCUGACAGAGGAACAAUAAAACACUUUUUUUUUUUUUUUUCCUCUUUUUGAUUUUAAUGACAGGCAAAAUCCUGCAACUGAGCCGUGUAAGGCACGAGGAAUAAUCUCGAGACCAGCACCUUUUCUGCUCAACACAUAAUUACAGCUCAGUUAUUUUUACAGUGAGAUUUUUGUCAGGAAAAAGUUUCUUUUGAAUGCAGCGGUCAUCUAUCUAAUAGGAAUCCAACUAAAAAGGGCCACAAGAGCUGUAACUUCAGGCACAAAGAGGCGUUGUUUUAAGUGUUCAGUGUCUCUCAGUCUGAAACUAUAAAUAAAUCAAGGAAAUUGAAUUUUUCACCGUUUGGCCCCAUUAUCUGAUGCUUUAGAUGUCACACCAGCCCCCGGUGUAUAUAUUAUAAACAAAUGACAGCCCUCUCUCAUUUUAGUCCUCUGUUCAUGGCAGUCUUCUAUUGAUUUACAUUUUAUCACUUAUUUUGAUGUAAAUAAUUCGUCCUUCUACUUAAGGUUUGCAAAGAGAGAAAAAAAAAAAGAGACAUUGAGAAUGGCGACAACAAAUGUGAAAUAAAUGGUUUAUCAAAACUGUAUAUUAUAAAUAUGAUAAAAUGUUUAUGAUGUAUCAAUAAAUUGACCAAAAAAAAAAAAA